UUGGAUAUUGGAACUACAAGCCCCAUUAGGCCGUGCGCGGCCACUCCCUCCCCACCGGAAGGAGAACCGCCGAGGCGGAGGGAGGAGCCACAAAAGGGAUUGUGGGAGAAAGGCUUCUUCCUUUCCUCUGACGGCGGCCAUCAGGUGAGCCAAGAUGGGCGCGUACAAGUACAUCCAGGAGCUGUGGCGGAAGAAGCAGUCGGACGUGAUGCGCUUCCUGCUGAGGGUCCGCUGCUGGCAGUACCGCCAGCUGUCCGCGCUGCACCGGGCUCCCCGUCCCACCCGGCCCGACAAAGCGCGGAGGCUGGGUUACAAGGCCAAGCAAGGUUACGUCAUAUACAGGAUUCGCGUCCGCCGUGGUGGCCGAAAACGCCCGGUGCCCAAGGGUGCGACCUACGGCAAGCCUGUCCAUCAUGGUGUGAACCAGCUAAAGUUCGCCCGAAGCCUUCAGUCUGUUGCUGAGGAGAGAGCUGGACGCCACUGUGGGGCUCUGAGAGUCCUGAAUUCUUACUGGGUUGGCGAAGAUUCCACAUACAAAUUUUUUGAGGUUAUCCUCAUCGAUCCAUUCCAUAAAGCUAUCAGAAGAAACCCUGACACCCAAUGGAUCACCAAACCGGUCCACAAGCAUAGAGAGAUGCGUGGGCUGACAUCUGCAGGCCGCAAGAGCCGUGGCCUUGGAAAGGGCCACAAGUUCCACCACACUAUUGGUGGCUCUCGCCGUGCAGCCUGGAGAAGGCGCAACACUCUGCAGCUCCACCGUUACCGCUAAUAUACGUAAUGUUUGUACAAUUCAUACCCAAUAAACAAUUUAGGACCGUC